AUGGCCUCUCUCCUGACCACAGUGAACGCGCGCACGCGCAACCAAUUCCGGCCACGCGCACCGGGCAAGGGCGGCAAUACGAGCUACCAGCUGCGGCAAUAUGCCGAGGCGACGCUCGGUGGCGGCAGUCUGCGCAAGGUGGUCAAGCUGCCGGAGGGUGAAGACGAGAACGAGUGGUUGGCAGUCAAUAUGGUCGACUUUUACAACCAAAUCAACCUCCUCUACGGGGCCAUCACCGAGUUCUGCUCGCCCCAGUCGUGCCCCGAGAUGAAGGCCACCGACGAGUUCGAGUACCUCUGGCAGGACAGCGACAACUACAAGAAACCCACCAAGAUGCCCGCGCCGGCCUACAUUGAGCAGCUCAUGGCCUGGGUCCAGAGCACCAUUGACAACGAGGCCGUCAUGCCCAGCCGCAUCGGCGUGCCCUUUCCCAAGAACUUCCCUUCGCUCAUGAAGCAGAUCUUCAAGCGCAUGUACCGCGUCUACGCCCACAUCUACUGCCACCACUACCCCGUCAUCCGCGAGCUGGGGCUCGAGCCGCACCUGAACACGAGCUUCAAGCAGUACGUGCUCUUUAUCGACGAGCACAGCCUGGCGAGCGGCAAGGACUUUUGGGGGCCCUUGGGCGACUUGGUAGAGAGUAUGCUGCGGAGUGACUAG